GGCAACCCGUAAAGCUUCAUUUAAAAGCGAGAAGCGCCCCUUCAUCCGUGCGCAUUGUGACCAAACCAAGCUUCGCCGAAGGUUCGGAUAUCCCAAGUCUUCCAAGAAGAAACAGAUUAAAUAACACAAUUCAAGUAAGUAGCAGUCUUUGAACGAAAUGGAAACCAUACACGAAAUCAUCCCCUUUGCUAAGGAGAUGCUAAGGCAGAAACCUAACCGAAGUAUGCUGAAGUUGUACCUGAUCGGCUCGGUGGUGGCUACCCUGGGAACAGUCCUUGGUCUUAUGGACACGGUUUGCAAACUAUUUUCCUUCAACGAACCAUUAGAUGCCGAGCUGGCACAGCUGAUGGUCAGGGAGCAGAAGUUGCUGGAGACUGAGGAGCAACAGAGAAAGACAGAAUUGGAAGUUGGGAGACAGGGGGGAGUAGCCAAAGAGGUCACUCAACCCAAGGAGCAGAAGGAGACGGUGGUGCAGAGAAACGCAGCCAACCGCCUCCACGCAUCUUAAAGUUCCCAGUGUCUUUCGCUGUUACAUUGCGCAGCUUUUAUAACACAUUGCGCAGCUUUUAUAACUCAUUGGUGCGCGUCAAAAGCUACUGAAAAAGCUUGACGAGAGCGAAUGCAAACACAGUCAACUGUAACGUUAUUUGAGUCUGACUGCUGAGCUGCGCUACGCUGCCUUGUGUGACCUGACGCAAAGUUGAAUGACCCUUGUCGACUUUUCUCCACGAAGGGAAGGUUAGAAGGUCUUGCUGAUAGACGAAAAAGAGCAGGGUCGCUGCUGUGCAGUCUCCCAAGUUACAUUUGCUACAGUGGUGCCAAAGAACGUUACGUUGCUACGUGACAAUCCUGUAAAUGUAUGAUCUCUUUUUGCAACUUAAUAAAGAAAUAUUUUUAUUCAACAUG